GACUCCAUCCUUUUUCCAUAUAUAACACACCAUUAUUGAAUGCCAUUGCCAAUUCAAAAACUGUGAGGUUCUAAAUACAAUCAUCAUUUUUUUUUUCCAGUUAUUGGAAUUCUCUCAUUGCAUUAAAUUUCUUCAGUUUCUUCCUUCAGAAAUUUCCUACAGCUUGUUCACAUGGUUGAAAAGGUUGCUACAAUGGAGAACUCUAAUGGGAAGAAUAUGUUUGAACUAAUUGUGAAACAAGGGGAGCCUGUUUUGGUUACUCCAGAGGAGGAGACAGAGAAAGGUCUCUACUUUCUCUCAAAUCUUGACCAAAACAUUGCUGUUAUUGUCCGUACAGUGUAUUGCUUCAAGUCAAACGAGGAAGGUAAUGCAAAUUCUGCAGAAGUAAUAAGAAAUGCAUUGAAGAAGGUUCUUGUUCAUUACUACCCUCUUGCCGGCCGGCUUACGAUAAGCUCAGAAGGAAAGCUUAUUGUAAAUUGCAAUGGAGAGGGUGCUGUUUUUGUUGAAGCUGAGGCAAAUUGUGCAAUGGAAGAAAUUGGAGACAUUACCAAGCCUGAUCCUGAUACUCUUGGAAAACUUGUUUAUGACAUUCCUGGUGCAAAGAACAUCCUUGAAAUGCCUCCUCUUGUUGCUCAGGUAACCAAAUUCAAAUGUGGAGGAUUUGUGCUUGGAUUGUGCAUGAACCAUUGCAUGUUUGAUGGAAUUGGAGCAAUGGAAUUUGUAAACUCAUGGGGAGAAACAGCAAGAGGCUUGCCACUUUCAAUCCCACCAUUUAUAGACAGAACAAUUCUUAAAGCUAGAAACCCACCAAAAACAGAAUACAACCACCAAGAAUUUGCAGAGAUAGAAGACAAGUCUAAAACAAAUACCCUUUACAAAGAAGAAGAAAUUCUCUACAAUUCAUUCUGUUUCAACCCUGAAAUGCUCAACAAAAUCAAAACAAAAGCUAUGGAAGAUGGGAUUCUUGAAAAAUGCACAACCUUUGAAACCCUUUCAGCUUUUGUAUGGAGAGCUAGAACAAAAGCACUCAAUUUGGUACCUGAUCAAGAAACAAAGCUGCUAUUUGCUGUUGAUGGCAGGCCUAAAUUUAACCCUAAAUUGCCAGAAGGGUAUUUUGGGAAUGGAAUUGUUUUAACAAAUUCUAUAUGCAAAGUAAGUGAAUUAUUAGACAGCCCAUUGUCAUAUGCAGUUGGGUUAGUUCAAAAUUCAAUUAAAAUGGUAACAGAUUCUUACAUGAGAUCAGCAAUUGAUUAUUUUGAAGUGACAAGAGCAAGGCCUUCUUUGGCUUCUACUCUUUUGAUAACUACUUGGUCUAGAUUGUCUUUUCACACCACAGAUUUUGGUUGGGGAGAGCCAAUUUUAUCAGGACCAGUUGCUUUGCCUGAAAAAGAAGUGAUUUUAUUCUUAUCCCAUGGUAAUGAGAGAAAAAGCAUAAAUGUGCUCUUGGGUUUGCCUGCUUCUGCCAUGAAAGUCUUCCAAGAACUUAUGCAGAUAUGAGGGAGAAAAAAACAGAAAAGAAAAGAAGAUAUGAAUCUUUUCUUCAUAUUGCUACUGAUUUUAGUCACGGUGUUGUCUAUGGUGACUUGAAUUAUUAUGUCUUCCUUUUUUUUUUUUUUUUUGGGCAAAUCACAUUAUUAAGUCUUUCAAUUUAUCAAGAUUUGCUGAAUUUCUGUACUUUUCUCUUGAUAUAUAUUAUUGCAUCUAUUUAUUAAUGUUAA